AUCAAGGUGAUGCCGCCAGAGCUGUCCGGCGCCAAGAGCGCAAGGGCAGCGGAGACGGUGCGACCCAAGACCUUCUUUGUUCUCCAGGCCCUCAAGGCCGUGCUGCCCGGGGUGAUCGUCCAAGGGAUCCCCUCGGUCAACCGCGCCGUCAUCAACGUGCAGGAGAACUCCUCCGGCGCUGCCUCAGGAGCCGCGCCCAAAGAAAGGUACCAUUUGCUGGUGGAAGGGUACGGGCUUGCUGCUGUGAUGGGAGCGCCCGGCAUCGACGGUUCUAGAACCAGGUCGAACCACAUCAUUGAGGUGUUCCACACGCUGGGCGUGGAAGCGGCUCGGAUCAUCAUUUCGGAGGAGAUCACGUACAUCAUGAAGGCUUACGGUAUCUCCAUUGACCGACGGCAUCUACUCCUGCUGGCAGACGUCAUGACGUUCAAGGGUGAGGUGCUGGGCAUCACGCGGUUCGGGGUGUCAAAGAUGCGCGAGUCGGUGCUGAUGCUGGCGUCCUUCGAGAAAACCACGGACCACCUCUUCGACGCCUCCGUUCACGGCAGACACGAUGCCAUCGUCGGUGUCAGCGAGUGCAUCAUCAUGGGGAUCCCGAUCCCCUUGGGCACGGGACUGUUCAAGCUUCUCAUGAACGAAGACAAGAUCAAGCCUCCACCGACGCCUGAACUGCUGGUCGGAUGAUAUGCCGAGAGACUAGUUAGUGCGGAUAGUAAUAUCCUGUUUUAUUGGUGUUCGGUGUGGGUGGGCCGGUACUCGCGUGUAUGUCUCGUUCUUACUUGCUCUGCGGACUGAGUGUGUGGCGUUCCUUUGGUUGGUGAAGGUCU